CCCACUCACCACCAUUCUUUUCUUCUCAUCAGAAUCUUCAACAAGAAAGAAAGAAAGAAAGUUGAAUACAUACACUAGAAAAGAUCAAAACUUUCUUUCUUUCUAAUCAAUCAAAUUUCUCUUGCAAAUAACAAUGGCUGGUUCGUUAUCAAACACCAAAAUUGUUCUCACUGCUCUCAUUGAUGGCAUCUCUCUAUCUAUCAACAGAUCUCGAGGUAUUACAACAGUAGCAUCACAAGCCGCUGGAUCAAGUGUUGUAAGACAAGUAAAAGUGAAAAAACCAUCAACAGCAGGGACGGAAGAAUCUUCAUGGGUUCCUGAUCCAGUUACUGGUUAUUACAGACCAGAAAACCAUGCUGAUGAUAUUGAUGUUGCUGCACUUAGAGAGACACUCAUGAACCAGAAGAUCAACCAUCACUAGAAAGAAAAAAAAAGAAAAGGAGAAGAAUUGGUUUCUAUCUCAUAAGAUCAACCAUCAUGGCACAAGUUUGAUAUUUUUUAUGUUUUCACCAAGCAUGAUGAAUUUUGUUGGCCGGAACUUGCAGUUUCUAGGAAAGGCCUACUAAAUUCUGAUUUUCCACUUCGUUGGUUUUGGGAGUCCCUGUACUACUCUCUAUACAUCGUCUCUACGCAGUUAUUUACACGUGGUUGUUACUAUCUUGAUAUGUGAAUUGUUGUGUUACUCAGAAAUUAAAAUUGUUACGUCGAUCAUGGUCCGUCUCUACAGUUUUGUAUGUGCCUGUUAUACGUCUCCAGUCCACUAUAAUGAUAUCAGGACUUCAUCUUUCUCUGCUUGUAGCAUCCUCAUAAUCAUGUUCAAAGAUAUGUGCCUUUGCUUGUGGUAUUAUAAUUUUUUC